AUGUAUGUACACUUUCGUGACCUUCCACUCGUGUCCCCCGAAAACGCGACUAAUUCGUGUCCAGUCCCCGAGCGGCUUCUCAUCUACCAUGCCGGCACGGGCCGCACAACGUUCUUGGCCUGCCUCAAGGUCACCACCCUCUUCGGUCUGGCCUUUUUCACCUUCCUGGUCGCUCCCGCUUACAUCGCCGCCGGCAAGCCGCUGUGGCAGAUCCUCGGCGUCACCAUCUGCGGCCUCGUUCCCUUUGCCGUUGUCUUGUACACCUCCUCGCCCUUUGUCGUCUUUAUCCAUCUGCGUCUCCCGGCGUACGCCCGCCACCCGGACCGCGAGCUGUUGCGCCGCUUUGUCCGCAAUAUCCCUGCCGCUACCCAGAUCGACAUCACCACCAUGAACCUCGUGGGCCGUCCUCGUCUCGCCACUGUGGCUGUCAGCGAUCUGGUGCCGGCGCACGAGCGGCUGCGGAUCGUCAACUUUGUGGACACCCGGGCAUCAUCCGAAGCGGCGGCGGCGGGCAUUGGCAGCCGUUCUCCCACGGCAUCAUCCCGGCCCCUUCCCUCCAACUCCGGCCAAGCAGCGACCGCCGCCGCACCUAAACGGCCGUCCAAGUUCAUCUCCACCUCGUCCAAGUUCCCCUUUGUCCAUCUAGCGCCGACCACACGCUUCGGGGCCCCAGCUGGCGGCAAUAGUCGCGGCGUGCAGUACAGCUGGGCCUGGGACGAUUUGCUGGCUCUCAUUGAACGGCGCGCUCGUCAGCCGCAGAGCAAGGCUCCUUAG